AUGGUCAGAUCGUUCUCUGAGCCAUGUCUUGUGAAUCGUCCUAUGUGUUCAACACUCAGGUUGUGCUCUUUAUAUUGUCUUAACGGACACCGUUCUGUGACAUGUAGAAAGCCAAAAAUUCCGCCACUGACCGUGCGUUGUGUCUCGCUCUGCCGUACCAAGCGGUGUCAUCGGAACUGUUCUCUUCUUGGGAACGGCCAACGCUCUCCAAAACCGUAGCUUUUCGGUCUGCUGAUGGAUUUUGUCGCCAGGGGAUCCAUCCCCUUCGGUGUCAUGGUCUCGCUCGCUGAAAUGAUCACCGCGCUCCCCAUUCCCGGUGGCCACAUCUCGCUCCCUCAACGCUUCGUCAACCCCGCUUUCUCUUUCGCCAUGGGCUGA